CCCAAGGAAUUCGGCUAGCACGGACGGACCCUUCCCCCUGCACUGCGGGCACCACAAGUGACGUUGUCUCUUGUCCAAUAAGAACGUUUUUAUGGUGGCUGAUCAUCCAAUGUUGAGCUCACUUGACCAUCUGCCACACCUUUUUUAGGAAAUAUUUCCUCGACUCCACAUUCAUUUCGUGUUACGGCAGUGUGCUGUUCAGUUGCAAGACAAUUACAACUGUUUCAAAAGAGACCUGAUAUUCCGUUUCGUGCGACAAGAUGGCUUCGCAAUGUGUGUCAAAAGUAGAACUCUCCAUCUCGUGCAGCAAUCUCCUCGACAAAGACGUUGGAUCUAAGUCUGACCCACUCUGCGUGCUGCUGCAGAGCAUUGGGGAUGACAAGUGGACCGAGUUGGACCGCACAGAGCAGGUGAAAAACUGCCAGGACCCCGAGUUCUCCAAGAAGCUGCUCCUGGACUACCACUUUGAGAAGGUGCAGAAGUUGAAGCUGGGUGUCUAUGACAUAGACAACAAGUCUGUCGAUCUGAAGGAUGAUGACUUCCUGGGGGGGUUUGAGUGCACGCUGGGACAGAUUGUGUCCAGCAAGAAGAUUACCAGACCUCUACAACUGAAGAAGGGGAAGCCUGCAGGCAAAGGCACCAUUACUAUUACUGCUGAGGAGAUAAAGGAUAACAGGGCCAUAGUGCUGGAGGUGGAGGCUAAAGGCCUGGAUAAGAAGGACUUGUUUGGGAAAUCUGAUCCAUUCCUAGAAUUCUUUAAGCAAGGAGAUGAUGGCAAGUGGCAGCUGGUUCACAGAACAGAGGUUGUCAAGAAUAAUCUGAGUCCGUCAUGGAAGAAAUUCACUGUGGCUCUGCAAACAUUCUGCAACUGUGACAUGAGCAAACCAAUCAAGGUCCACUGCUCUGAUUAUGAUAGUGAUGGCUCGCAUGACCUUAUCGGUGUUUUCCAAACUAAUGUGUCUGAGCUGCAGAAAGCUGCCCAUGGUUCACCGGUGGAGUUUGACUGUAUCCAUCCAGAGAAGAAGAAGAAGAAGAAGAGUUACAAAAACUCUGGAGUAAUCAGUGUCAAGAGCUGCCAGAUACAGGCACAGUACACAUUCCUGGACUAUGUCAUGGGAGGUUGCCAAAUAAAUUUUACGGUGGGCAUUGACUUCACUGGGUCAAACGGCGACCCUCGCUCUCCACAGUCUCUGCAUUACCUGAGUCCUGACGGUCUGAACCAGUACCUGUCGGCCACCUGGUCAGUGGGCCUUGUUGUCCAGGACUAUGACACUGACAAACUCUUCCCUGCCUUUGGAUUUGGAGCUCAAGUGCCCCCAGACUUCAAGGUAUCCCAUGAAUUUGCACUGAACUUCAACCCAAGUAAUCCUUACUGUCAAGGAGUCCAGGGGAUUGUGGAGGCCUACCGCAUGGCCCUACCUCAGGUGAAGCUCUACGGUCCCACCAACUUCUCCCCCAUAAUCAACCACGUGGCAGGCAUCGCGUCAGGGGCGGCACAGCAGAACAACGCAUCGCAAUACUUUGUCCUGCUAAUCAUCACCGAUGGCGAGAUCACGGACUUGGACCAGACCCGGGAUGCCAUCGUCAAGGCCUCACGGCUGCCCAUGUCCAUCAUCAUCAUCGGGGUGGGCGAAGCAGACUUCAAGGCCAUGGAGCUGCUAGAUGGAGACGACGGCGUACUCAAGUCCCUGAGUGGCGAGCCCGUGACCAGGGAUAUUGUGCAGUUUGUGCCCCUCAGACAGUUUGCCAAUGCCCCUAAGGAAGCCCUCGCCCAGAGUGUCUUGGCUGAAGUGCCCAAUCAACUUGUGUCCUACUUCAAGUUGCUGAAACUGGAUCCGGUCAACAUUCCUACCCCCAAAGCUUAGUGGAGCAAGUAGAAAUGCGGCACUUUGCAUUCCUAGCCACAUGAGGGAGCCACCACACAGGGUUUUGAGUAUGCCCACUAUCGGAUGUGAAAAUACUGAAAUUAUUUCUGUCAAUGCUCAUUUUGCCUUUUGAUGCCACUUAUGACAAUUCUGACUAUAUAUAUAUAUAUAUAUUUUUUUUUUUUUCUACAGUCAUAGAUAUUUCUCAUUCUUUGCUGCUUCAGAUAUUCUUCUUUCAUUCCUCUGGAAGUAACAAGGUGUUCAAGAAGGGUGAUGUUGAAAAAUAGUGGAAAGGAGAGCUUUAAAUAAAGCCAAAAUAAUCAUGCAUUUCAUGUAAUGCAGCUUCAAACAUUUGAUAAAUAAAGUAGGCUACUCGCGUAACACAAAAGUUUGAACUCCUCGAUCAGACCAAGAGCGUAAUUGCGUUUUGGUACACAAACUCUGUGUUGCAGAAGCAGUGCGUUCUGUGUGGCGCAUACAUGGAUUUAUCCAAAGUAUGCAUUAAAUUGUAUUUGUAGACUUGACGGAAAUAGUAACAAAAGGUGAAUGUUUAACUUUUGUUUCACACAUCCAGUAAAACGAUUGUAUUAUGUAAUGAAAAAAGUUUGACCACCAGAAUUGAUUUUGCAGCAUUGCUGCAAUGAUGCUGUAGGUCUGAUCAAGGUGUUACAUCUUCAAUAUAAUAAUAAUAAUAAUAAUAAUGGCUACAAAUGCUUAGCUUGCACCGCACAUUACAUGUUUCUAAAGGCUUCUGUGUGCUUUGGUUCGGCUGGCACCUAGCAGAAAUUGGCUCGGUGAACCGAACGAGUGUGCUUGCAUACUCCCUUAAAAGACCUUCGCUUGAGGGAGAAAAAAAAAGCAGUGAUAGUACUGUUUGUCCAACUUGAGACUCUGUAUCCAGUAUACACUUCCUCAAAAUAGUCAGAAAUAAUCUAAGAUAACUGAAGAAAUCUGUCAUAAAUGUUUACUUUGUUGAAUGACGGAGCGUAGCCUAGUGGUUAAAGCAUUGGACUAGUAACGGAAAGGUUGCAAGAUUGAAUCCCCGAGCUGACAAGGUACAAAUCUAUCAUUCUGUCCCUGAACAAGUCAGUUAACCCACUGUUCCUAGGCCGUCAUUGAAAAUAAGAAUUUGUUCUUAACUGACUUGCCUGGUUAAAUAAAGGAAAAAUAAAAUAAAAAAUAUAUGAACGAACUAUGCCAAACUGUUUCGGAUAGGAAGCAUGCGGACGCCUUUUGUCUCGUGUGGCCAGCCUUUCAAAUCCCGUAUUGGAAGUCUGGCCAUCUUCAGAUUUUGAUUUUUGAGUUUGAAGUGGCUGCAUUUGUUUUGUAUCUUGUACAUGUUCAUGUGUUGCAAGUCAGAAUCUCUUUGGAACUAUACCAAACUCCAAUUUAGAACCUCAGACUUUAACUCAAUGUGUUUCUUAGCAGUAUUUGUUGGGCAGUGGCAGUGUGUUUGUAGCUUUUUUUUUUCUUCGGGGAUACUUCACUUUAUUUCAUCUUUAUUUUCAUUGCAAAGACGCUUCCUCCGUUAUAGAGGUUAGGCAGGGUGAUUCUACGUUAUCAGUGCAAACAUCUUAAUUUCCUAAUUGUGUUUAUUACAUCUUGGCCAUUAUCAUUCCACCACUCAAACUUGAAUACUUGUGCAUGGCCUUUUGCACUGCUUAUUAACCUUUAUGCAAUGUAGUUUUUUUACGAUAGUGUAUGUCACAUUAUGAGAGCUGGUAUUAUACACCACCUUGCACUUAAUAUGCUUAAAGUGUAUGUCACAAAUGUCAAAAUGUAAACCUAACUGGAGACAAGUCAUUUUUGGAGGCAUGACGCUACAGUAUAGGUAGUAAUAGGAUUGGUAGCUAGCUAACUCUAAAUCAAUCUAUAAAACUCAAGCGAGCUAACUGAAACAAACUGAUGUGGCUCCAGUAAUGUUCACAUUUUGACGUUUGUAACGUAUCCAAUUUAGAAUGGUAUUCUCAUGCUGGAGAUUAAUUAGAAAUGUAUGAUAAAUCAUAUUAAUCUGCUGCAAUAGAAUGUAUGCUAUGGAUUGCUAAAGUUUUGUACCAAAGAUAAAUAAAAUGUGCCUUAAUUAGAGUAGUGCUGUAGAACUUCUCACAUUGUUUACUACCCCCAUUUGAACACCACAUUAUUAUCAGGAAAUUGCUAUUGAUCCAGAUGUUAGAUGCUUUCGCCUAUUCUAUUUUCUCCCUAAAACAAUGGAAACUAAAAUGAUAGAUUUGAGAAUGUAAUGUUUAUGUAUUUACAUUUAUAGGGUCGUCCCACAUGUCCAUAUCUUGGUCAUUGAUUCGGACAAAGUGUUGAUUUUGAUGCAAUUUGAAAGCAUACAAACAGGGUUGUCAUUUUUACACCUUUUUGACGUCAAUUAACAAAACAUGUUUUUCUUGUGUUAUGCUGUAGUUUAUACCCUAUUUCACAUCAAAUUCGGUGUUUGUUAUGCCCAUCUUUAAAUACAGUACAAUAUUAAAAUGUAACAUUUCAACUCCAAAUGGUACCAUAAAAAUUGUUACAGGUCCACCAAUCAGAGAAUGUUGACUUGAAUGGGAAUAUCCAUUGUUUUAAAUAAUAUUGUCAAUCUUCUAUAGCAGGGGUAUUCAACUCACCCUACGAGGUCCCGAGCCUACUGGUUUUCUGUUAUACCUCAUAAUGAAUUCCACACACCUGCUGUCUGUCCCAGGUCUAAAUCAAUCACUGAUUAGAGGAGAACGGUGAAAAAAAUACAGUGGAACUGGCUUUGAGAUCCAGAGUUGAGUUUGAGGGUUCUAUAGGAAACGUGUUGAAAUCGUAGAAAUAUAGAUGAUCGAAUAGACCCCUCAAACGAGACUCCAGGUGUGUGUGAAAUAAAUUCCGGUAGAACAAAGAACCAGCAGGCGCCGGACCUCGUAGGGUAUGAGUUGAGUACCGCUGGAAUAGACCGUCCCAUUCAACGGUGAGAGGACCGGCAGCCAUCUUUGUGGUUAGUAGUUGGACUUUAAAAUGUCAAUACUAUUUAAUACCUAUGGCGUACCAGCUAAAUUGUAGUGGUCUGAUUGAAAUUACACUCCCUGUUAUCAAGUGUGCUGAUGGUGGGGACAACGAACACCACAGAUUUUGUAAAAUAGGGUCUCCGCUACAAUAUGUGAAUAUGAAAAACUGAGUUAGUGAGUUUAGAUAAUUGACUAAUAAAUAAUUGACUUUAAACAACCUUAUACAGUGAGACGAUGGCUGUUUUUCAAAGGGGUCUCUGUAUUUCCGAAAUGUGGUGUGCAAUUAUAAUUAAGACAAAUGUUCUAUUAUAUUUUUAUUUUAUUAUUUACGAAAAUGAGUUCUUUGUGCCAUGAAUCUGGUUAGCUUUAGUAAUGUGCUUUUGAGGCCAAAGUGGAUUUGGGUGUAAUCUACACAUUUGAACAGAAUCUUAAUUUUUUUGUUCUUGCCCCACAUUGUUUGGGUUACACAGGGCCAUGGGAUUGAUUUUGUGUUCGUUAUACAGCAAGACUGAUGGCAGCAUUUGUGCAAUUUAGAUCAGAAAAAAACACACUUUCUAACUUAAUGCCAAACAGUUGUGUUAUGAGAUUUAAUUGAACUAAAUUAAGGAGCCAACACAAAUGAUAUAAAAAUGAAAUAUCAUUGUAAUUGUAACCAAGAGACCAUAACCUUAUCUAAGCCUAGCCAUACUUACAUUCAGCCAAUUAUAUAUAGAAUGCUUUCGUUUUCACCCUUUCUGAAAUAUAGCUUUUUGCAACAUGUCUUUUGCAUUCUGAAAUAAAUACAUAUUUCAAAAUGA